CUCUAAUUUUGAAAAAAGGGAUUAUUUUAUUAGAAUUUUUUUUUUCUCUCUCUCUAAAGCCAAUAACUCAAGAGGGCGAGGUUGUGGAUUUUGCCACUAACCGUCAAAACCGCUACUCAUGUAAAGUGGGAAGAAACAAAAUCCAGUGUUCGCUAGCGCACAUAACUCAUCAACUCUUUUACUUCCAAUGCAACUAAGUAAUGAACCACAAUAAUCUCUCAUCCAUUGAUCGAAAUCUAAUGGCUAACAUUCCCACACUUUCAUGGAGCCGACCACAGAGAAGCAUAAGCAAAAAAUUAAAGAAGUUCAAAACAUUCUCACAUCCCUAUUUGACGCUGCCCUUCACUUUGAAGAAGACAGUGAAAACAGAGUUGCAGAGAAGAGAGGGAUUGUUCAAAAAUGGAAAGGCAAAAUGGUGUGAACAUGAAGAAAGGGCCAUGGACUGCUGAAGAAGAUGAGAUUCUGGUCAACUAUGUCAAUAAGUUUGGUCCAAGAGACUGGAGCUCCCUUCGAUCCAAAGGACUUCUUCCCAGAACUGGGAAAUCUUGCCGUCUCCGUUGGGUUAAUAGACUUCAACCCAACUUGAAGACAGGAUGUAAGUUUUCAGCAGAGGAAGAGAGGGUGGUGAUCGAAUUACAGGCGCAAUUCGGGAACAAAUGGGCGAAAAUUGCGACAUAUUUGGAGGGAAGAACAGAUAAUGAUGUGAAGAAUUUCUGGAGUACAAGGAGGAAGAGAUUAGAAAGGAUUUUGCAGAUCCCACCACAGAAAUCUCAGAAAAACAAACAGAGGAGUUUGGAACCUCAAGGACUCUAUGAAUUGCCUGCUUUAGAGGUAACAGUUUCCCAUUCAAGUUAGAUGGAACAUAAA